CUAAGGAACUGGGUUCUCUUCUAAGUAACCUGAGAUUGCGAUGCUAGGCGUCCAUAGCAACCGUGGCGCCCUGACGCCCUUGCGCAAUUACCAGAAAGCGAGAUUCGGAAUAAAGAGGUCAAGCCUUCCACACUCAUACAUUAAGCACCGAACUCAGAACAUCGUAGCAGAACGCUGACCUGUCUCCGGUAGUGAAGGAAAUAUCUAACUUAAAACCGUAACAGGGUUACAGUCACCACCUAAAACAUUCCGCUUCCGGGACCAGGAGGCUGUGGCGAGCCGCGGCGCCGACUACGCGGAAACGCCAACAGGCCUGACUCGUGCAGCUUCCGUAGGGGAAGCUCUGGCCGGACUUAGCAGCAUCAGCUCAAACCGGAAGUAGGGGCGGAGCUAGUAAAGCGUCGGCUCCCCGUCAACGGAAGUGGUUGUUGGAGGCUCUAAAGUAGCUUUAAAUUCCUGCUGUCUCGGGAGCUCGCCCUUUACAGUUGGAGUCGGGUUUCGUGCGACGGAUGGCGGUGGACGUGAAGUCGCGAGCAAAGCGUUAUGAAAAACUGGACUUCCUCGGGGAGGGACAGUUUGCCACGGUUUACAAGGCCAGAGACAAGAACACCAACCAAAUUGUCGCCAUUAAGAAAUGUUUGUUUUUUUUUCCCCCUCUACCAGAUUAAACUUGGACAUAGAUCAGAAGCUAAAGAUGGUAUAAAUAGAACAGCCUUAAGAGAGAUAAAAUUAUUACAGGAGCUAAGUCAUCCUAAUAUAAUUGGUCUCCUUGAUGCGUUUGGACAUAAAUCUAAUAUUAGCCUUGUCUUUGAUUUUAUGGAAACUGAUCUGGAGGUGAUAAUAAAGGAUAAUAGUCUAGUGCUGACACCAUCACACAUCAAAGCCUACAUGUUAAUGACUCUUCAAGGGUUAGAAUAUUUACAUCAACAUUGGAUUCUACAUAGGGAUCUAAAACCAAAUAACUUGUUGCUGGAUGAAAAUGGAGUUCUAAAACUGGCAGAUUUUGGCCUGGCCAAAUCAUUUGGGAGCCCCAAUAGAGCAUAUACACAUCAGGUUGUAACCAGGUGGUAUCGGGCCCCCGAGUUACUAUUUGGAGCUAGAAUGUAUGGUGUAGGUGUGGACAUGUGGGCUGUCGGCUGUAUAUUGGCAGAGUUGCUUCUAAGGGUUCCUUUUUUGCCAGGAGAUUCAGAUCUUGAUCAACUAACAAGAAUAUUUGAAACUUUGGGCACACCAACUGAGGAACAGUGGCCUGACAUGUGUAGUCUUCCAGAUUUCGUGACAUUUAAGAGUUUUCCUGGAAUCCCGUUACAACACAUCUUCAUUGCAGCAGGAGACGACUUGUUAGAUCUCAUACAAGGCUUAUUUUUAUUUAACCCAUGUACUCGAAUUACAGCCACACAGGCAUUGAAAACUAAGUAUUUCAGUAAUCGGCCAGGGCCAACACCUGGAUGUCAGCUGCCAAGACCAAACUGUCCACUGGAAACUUUAAAGGAACAGUCAAAUCCAGCUGUAGCAACAAAACGGAAGCGAACACAGGCCUUGGAACAAGAAAGGAUGCAGUUUUAUAGCAGAAGGUACCAAAAUUGUGGAUUUAUACAAAGAAAACAUCAAGAAUGCCUUUGGAAUGCUCUGCAAAUGGCCUAAUGGAAAACUGAGAACAGAUAAAAGACAAUUCCCUUUCCACCCAAUUCUGAUAAACCACAGCUACCGGGGCUCACUCACUGACCUCUUCCUCAAGCAACUUCGACAAAAGGAGAAAAGCCAGACAAGUUGAUGUGCUCAUUAGCUUUGAUGAGUGAAUGAAUCUGCAUCUCUAUUUGUAGUCUUAAAAAAAAGAAAUAUGCUAUAACCUAUCUCUCAGAACUCGUCUAAGCUGCCAUAUCAACAAGAAAAGUUAAUGUCUUCUAAGAUGUUAACCACAUACAAGAAACUGAUCUAUGGCAACUUCCUGUCCCUCUUCAGAUUACUGAAAUACGUGAAUAAAAUGAAUCAGUCUUGUCACUCAGAAACUGACAAAGAGUAGGGGCACCUGAGUGGCUCAGUCGGUUGAGCUUCCAACUUCGGCUCAGGUCAUGAUCUCACAGUCUGUGAGUUCAAGCCCCGCGUCGAGUUCUGCGCUGACAGCUCAGAGCCUGGAGCCUGCUUCAGAUUCUGUGUCUCCCUUUCUCUCUCUCUCUGCCCCUCCCCCACUCAUGCUCUGUCUCUGUCUCAGAAAUAAACAUUAAAAAAAAGAAACUGACAAAGAGCUACUGACACUUGUAUGGACUUGUAAAGGCCUUUUGGAGAUGAAUCAGUUAUUUUAAAUUCUGCUUCCAGUCUCUUCAGGGCCUUAAUGGAAAACAAAGAUCAGGAGCUAUAUCUGUCAAAUCAUAUUUUUAAUGGAAAAGUUUUUCAAGUUUGUCAUUAGCUAAGAAAGGCAGUCGUUCUAGAAUAUAAAAUGAGUAUGUAUUCAAGUGCUGAAAUGAAUAUUAAUCUACCUCUUAGGAAAAACCCAUUUUGUCUGUCUAGCACUACCUUUUUGGCCAACUUCCACGCACACAGUGGGUGGUCUUCUGUGCAGAUGACAGAAUGUGGCAGGCUUUCAUAAGAUUGUUCUAACCAUGCCUUGCCCUUCGUUUUCUUUCUCCCAUAACUCUUCUCCUCAUCUUCCAUCAAAACAAACAAGCAAUUAAAUUACAUUUCCAAAGGGAUUUGCCUUCAGUUCACAUCACAGAACAGCAAGGUUGUGCUUAAAGAGAACACCUUUGAAAAUUCGGCAGUCCAGCUCCUAUCAAGGGCUUAGCUUAGAAGAGGUGCCUGAAGAUGACCUACACAUUUGUGGUCCUUGAAAGAACUAGAUAUUAACAUUUUCCAUCAAUUCCUAAAAGACUAAGUAUAUGGACUAUGUUUGCAUAUUUGCCUGGCAGAAUCACCUACAUUGAGUUGGGCACUAAGGUUAUACCUUUGGCUUUUAUCAAGGGAUUAUUAUAGAUAACAGCCAUAUAAAUGCUGAUUUUAUAUUUAUCAUAAAUGAUUGUUGGGGACUUAGACAUUACAUUAGCCAGCUCAGGGAUUUUUGUUGUAAGUCUCAUGUCAGAAAACCAUUUUAGAAAUUAAUUUCAGGACAGUGUGGAAUGCCUCCUUAAGAGUCAGUGUUGAGAGUUACGAUUUCCUGUGUUGCCCUGACUUCCACCUGAUAAACAGUCUAAAUACAGAAGUCUUAUGAUCUGCUUCUGUCUACUUUCAUAGUUCUUGUUUAUCGCUUCCUUUUUUAUUUUCCCUAUAUUUUAUUUUCCCUCUAUUUAUAUUUUCCCUAUAUUUUAUUUUAUUUUCACAUCACUUGACCUGUAUAUUAUUAGGAAUAUGUACUACUUGAGAAAAAAUUAAAAAUAGGUAUCUUAUUAAAAGUUUCAUUUUUAAUAUUCUAAGACUCAUAUUUCCAAAGUUCAUCUGAACACGAGAAAGAUUGGAAUUAGGAUUAUUGGUUUUGACAUAUUAGAAAAUAUUUAGAAAUAUAGUCAUCUCAGAAUUUCAAUAUUAAAACAUCUAAACCUACAAACUUCACUAUAUAAUCUUUCUUGACUAAUAAAAGAUUUCAAGUUGGAAUUUUAAAUUGAAGCAAUAUGAGUUGCACUGAAUAAUACUGAUGAAUAAAAACUGAUACUGAACAUUUAGAGAAACUAAAAUUUCUAAAAAAUAACAGCUACUUUGAUUUUAUUGGAUGAUCUACUUCCAACUGUCAUUUUUAUUCUUUUAUUCCAUUUUUAUAUAUUUUGUUCACACCAGUACAAUACUGAAAAAUGGCCAUGAACACUUGAUAGGUUUGUGAACAAAACUUAACCCUUAACUUGUUUCAUUUUUAUAAAAGUAUUUUAUUAAUAUUUCCAACUUAAGAUUUUUCCUCUACUCCUCAUCUCCUUUUAGAAUCACACAUUUCAGCAAAGUUUAAUUAGAUAUACUUCAUGUUUGGGUUUCACUAUUUUUUUUUUUUUAAUUUUUUAAUGUUUAUAUUUUGAGAGACAGAUGGAGCGUGAGGAGGGGAGGGGCAGGGAGGGAGGGAGACACAGAAUCCAAAGCAGGCUCCAGGCUCCAAACUGUCAGCACAGAGCUAGAUGCUGGUCUCAAACUCACAAGCUGUGAGCUCAUGACCUGAGCUGAAGUUAGACGCUUAACUGACUGAGCUACCCAGACACCCCUGAGUUUCACUAUUUUCAUUAUGACGUCUAGGCAGUUUCCCUUUAAUCACCUAGCACUCAAAAACUUUCCCCACUAAACAUGGUCUUAUUUAAAUGAGAUAGUUGAGGGGCACCUGGGUGGCUUUAAGGGUCUUUUCUUUUUCUUUUUUUUUUUUAAUUAUCUUUGAGAGAGAGAGAGAACACGAGCAGGGGAGGGGCUGAGAGAGAGGGAGACACAGAAUCUGAGGCAGGCUCCAGCCUUCGAGCUGUCAGCAAAGAGCCCAACACAGGGCUCGAACCCAUGAACAGUGAGGUUAUGACCAAAGUCAGCACUUAACAGACUGAACCACCCAGGCACCCCAUGGCAUCUGACUCAUGAUUUCAGCUCAGGUCAUGAUCUCACUAUUCUUGAGAUUGAGCCCUGUGUCCGGCUCUGUGCUGACAGCUUGGAGCCUGCUGGGGAUUAUCCCUCUCCCUCUUUCUCUCUGCCUCCCUCCCCAACUAGUGUGCACACACACUCUCAAAAUAAGUGAACAAUUUUUUUUUAAGUAGCUUAAAUGAGAUAGUUGAGUAGUAGAAAAGAUUCUACUGUUUUAUGGUUUUAGUGAUCCCAAUAUUUCUUCUGCAUAUGUAAUGUCCAGUGACCCCUCCUUUCUUCCCAUAGUUGCUAAGUUUUGUAAUAAAUCACAACUGUGAUACUUUAAUUAUAUUCUCCUUUCAUUUAACGGUGCAUAAUCAACUUUGAUUAUAAUCAAAAACAACUAAAAUUGUACCUGAUUA